GGUAGUGGGCGUGGCUUCGGUCCGCCCACCUGACGUCAUCACAGCCGUCUCAUGUUUACGUGGAAAACAUGGCGGCGGACUGCCAACAAGCAGAGCUCGCCGGAGCCCGUCUGUGAGCGCGUGCUGCGGGCUCGCGGGCAGCCGUCCCGGUUCCGGUUCCGUUGAUGUGGGUUUGGUCUGAAGCGGCUUCUCUCUGGUUCUAGCCGCCGGGGCCGCCAGCAUGGAGGACGAGGAGCGGCAGAAGAAGCUGGAGGCGGGCAAAGCCAAGCUGGCUGAGUAUCGUCAGAGGAAAGCUCACGCAGACUCCCAGAAGAAGCAGAAGAAGAAGAAGAAAAAGAAAGCGGAUGAAGACUCUGGAGGAGAUUCCCAUGGGAGGGUGGAGGACGAGCUGGACCGGUCUGUGGAGGGACAGGAGGUCACAGGGGGAGGAAACACAGACCAACCCACCACCCAGUUCUCCUUCACCAAAACUCUGAGGAGCGGAGAGACGGUCCGGCAUGACCAGACCUAUAAGAUAGAGCCAGAAAGUGAAGUUUCCACCACGGCUGAAGAUUAUUCCUCUGAGGUGAACGGAUGCUGUGAUGAGGCGCUGCAGCGUCUAGCGGCGUCUGCAGAGGACGAGAACUGGGAGGAGGUGGAGUACCUGCAGCAGCUGACGGAGGGCCAGGCGCUGGCGAACAUGGAGGAUGCUCGCGCGGCGAGGACGCAGACGGAGGAGGAGCUAACCCGAGAGCUGGACCACCUCAAAGCUGCCUUUGGCGCUGAGGGAGUGCAGCAGCUGCAGGACUUUGAAGCGGCUCUGAAGCAGCGCGAUGGAAUCAUCACUCAGCUGACCUCCAACCUCCAGCAGGCUCGAGAGGAGAAAGACGAGAUCAUGAAGGAGUUCCUGGCUCUGACGGAUGAGAGCCAAAAGCUCCGCCUCCAGUUCCAGCAGCUCCAGGCCGGUGAGACGCUGAGAAACACCAGCCACAGCAGCACCGCCGCCGACCUGUUUCAGGCCCGGCAGCAGCUGCUCCAGAACCAGCAGCAGCUGGAGGAGCGGGCCGCGGAGGUCCGGGAGCAGCAGGAGCUGAUCCGGCAGCUGGAGCAGCGGCUCAGCCAGAUGGAGAUGACAGGGAGAAGAUCGGAGGAGUCCUUCCUACAGAAGAUCCAGGAGAAGGAGGUGCAGGUGGCAGAGCAGGAGAAGCUCCUCCUGAGCCAGGAGCAGUGGAUGGAGGGGCUGAGAGCAGAAAAGGAGGUCUUCACACAGACACUAGCAGAGAACAGUCGGCUAAUCGAGGAGCAAACUGCAGUAAUCACAGAACACGAGCGCUCGGCGGCCCGGCUCAGGGAGGAGCUGAUCCACGCCGGACGCCCUGCAGACCGCCAGGAGGAGGAGCUACAGAGGGUCCUGGCAGAACGAGAUCGUCUGCUGGCUCAGCUGCAGAUGUCUGGAAAACAACAGUCUGACCUCCAGGAGAGAACGACUGCAGCGGAGUCGGAGCUGAAGCUGCGCCUGCAGGAGGUGGAAGACGCCAAGUCUGAGCUGAACGUCUGUCACAGCGACCUGGAGAAAGGCCAGAAGGAGCUGGAGAGCUGCAGGAAGGAGCUGGCAGCUUCCAGAGAGAAGGAGCGGGAGUCCUCCACCCAGAUCCUGCAGCUGAUGGGGACGGUGGAAGACCUACAAAAACGCUGUCAUCAGGGGGGCGGGGCUGACAACGCCAGGAGCCUGGAGCUCCUCAGGGCGGAGCUGGACGAGCAGCACGGCCAGCAGAUCGUGCAGAUGAAGCAGGAGGUCCACCUGCAGCACGCCGCCAGACUGCAGCAGAUGGCCGAGCAGCAUCGCGCUGAGAUGGAGCUCCUGAGAGCGCAGACGUCCUCCCGCAAUGAGGUGGAGGUCCUGAAGGAGGCUCUGGAGCGCUCCGAGAGCACGCACAGCCACACCACGCUGCAGCUGAGACAGGCCCUGCAGGAGAGGGCCGCCCUGCAGGCCCAGGUCCAGACUCUGCUCUCAGAUGGAGAGGCCGCUGCAGCACAGCACCGUGCAGAGCUGCAGCGACUGCAGGAGGCCGUCCAGCAGCUGAGGAGCGAGCUGGCAGACGCUCAGGAGGCCUCGCAGGAGGCCGAGGCGAAGCACGAGUCAGAAAUCACCAACUACAAGAUCAAGCUGGAGAUGCUGGAGCGGGAGAAGGACGCCGUCCUGGACCGCAUGGCCGAGUCCCAGGAGGCGGAGCUAGAGCGGCUGAGGACGCAGCUCCUCUUCAGCCACGAGGAGGAGCUGAGCAGCCUCCGAGAGGAGCUGCAGAGAGAGAGCUACCUCAACACGGAGAACCUCCUGCAGGAGGCUGCUGCAAAGCAGCGAGCGGCUCUGGAGGAGCAGCGGAGGACUCAUGUGGAGGAGCUGCUCCUGUCACAGCAGGAGAAGGAGAGCUUCGCUGUGGAGCGGGACGACCUCCUGCAGCAGAUCCUGGCCCUCAAAGAGGACCUGAAGCUGGCUCUGCACAGCUCCAACGCAGACGACCUGGUGCAGCAGCUGCAGGAGCUGCAGGUGGAGCUGGAGGAGCUAAGGACGGGCGCUCAGGAGCGCGCUCGGCUGCAGGAGGAGGUGCAGGAGUUACUGAGAAAGGAGGAGAAGCUGGAGCAGCAGACCAAAGACAGAGAGGACAAGCUUCAUCUUCUAGAGUCAGAAAAGGAGAAUUUGAUGGAAGAGCUGCAGGUCAAACAGAGACGAAUGGAGACACUGAUGGCGGAGAACAAUCAGAUGCAGCGGCACGCCGCCGAGCUCCAGGAGGAGGUGGAGAAGCAGAAGACCACCUUCUCCUUUGCAGAGAAGAACUUUGAGGUGAACUACCAGGAGCUGAAGGAGGAGUACUCCUGCCUGGUCCAGACCAAGACGCAGCUGGAGGAGAGGAGUCGCAGGGAGACGCUGGAGUUGGAGGCCAGGAUGGUUCUCCUUCAGUCCCAGAUCCAGGAGCUGCAGAGGAGCAGAGGGGGAGAACCGGAGUCUCCUGAGCUGAAGGAAAAGCUUCAGGUGGCUUCAGAGGAGAAGAGGAUCCUGGAGGAGCGUCUCUCUGAGGCCACCGAGCAGCUCCAGGUCACACAGAAGACGCUGCAGCAGCUGCAGGAGGAGCUGGAGAACGUACGAGAAGAAAACGUGAAAGUCAUCAACCAGAAUGAACGCAGGCAGGAGAGGAGGAGGAGCGCCCAGCCCUCAGAGGAGGAGACUCUCCUGCUCCUCACACACGCAGCAGAGAGGGAGAAGGACCGCCUCCUGGAGGCGACUCCGUCUCCAGCGCCGCUCUCCUCAGAGGAGGGACCUGUUGAAGGACAGCCCCCCCCUCACAAGCCUGCCGGCGGAGGGUCAAGCAGGCGCAAGCGGCGGCAGAAGUCCAAGCAGGAGCGCAGAGCGGCUCCUCCACUGAGGGGGGAGGAGGACGGAGCAGCAGGAGCAGCAGGAGCAGCAGGAGCUGCAGGGGAGCAGAUGCAGCCUCAGAUGCACAGCCGGGUUUUGAUACGUUUGAGGGAGACGAGCGGCGAGGACGACUUCACCGGGUACCAGGGAGACGGAGAGCGCUCUGGCACGGCGGUGAGCAGUCAUGGAGGUGACGGACAGAGAGGUUCAGUCCAGUCUCGGGCAGCAGGAAUGGAGAAGGAGAGCCAUCAUCACGGGGAGUGCCGGCUGCAGAUGGAGGCGCAGCGCAUCAGCCUGUCGCAGAUCCACGCCGCGCAGCUGGAGCUCCUGCAGGAGGAGAGCUCCGCCCACGCGCGCUCCCUGGAGCGAAGGCUGCAGGACGUCAGAGGUCCAGGAGGACCAGGAGGUCCAGGAGGUCCAGGAGGACCAGGAGGUCCAGGAGGUCCAGGAGGUCCAGGCCACCUCGAGGAACCGACGGUCUUCAGAUUCCAGAAUCUGAUCCAAGCUGUUACAGACGAGAGCAACCAGAUCUUCCAGUCUUUUCAGAGGAUUCUGGGUGAAGAUCUGUCAGAAAGGGUUGACCCAGAGAGUCUGUCCCUUCUGGAGGAGAGACCAGAAACCAGGGAGUCGGCCUCCACCAUCCAUGAGGCUCGAGAGCUCUGCAGAGUUCUUCUGCAGGUGAAGGAGCAGAUCGAGGUGGAGCACCGUCGACUUUCACAGCUUCAGGAUCUGCUGAGAGCCGAAGGAAACAAGAUGAUCGAGCUGCAGACGGCCUACGAUGACCUGAAGAGCAGCAGUGAAAAGGAAAUCUCUGAGCUGCACCAGCAGACCUCCAUCCCUCCUGCCGGCACAGAUCUGGAGGCGCAGACGGGCUCCUCCUCCUCCGGCGUCUCCGUGGAGCUCCAGCGGCUGAAGGAGGACGCUCAGGAGAAGCAGCUCCGGCUGGAGGAGCGUCACCGGCUGGAGAUGGAGCGCCUCCGAUCCCACUUCCAGCAGCAGGCGGCCGAGACGGAGGAACGCUACGCCACGGAGCUCUUCAUGCUGCAGCGCCGGCUGCAGGAGGUCACCGAGGAGCACGGAGCUUCUGAGUCCAGUUUGGAGACGGAGAACAGAGAAGUUCUAAAGGAUCUGUGCGGCGAGGAUCUGUCAGAGGCGGAGCUUCUCGGCCUCAGCAGAUCUCCUGGACUGACGGGACAGCUGCAGACUCUGAGGAAAGCGCUCUACAAUAAGUACGUCCAGGAAGUGGCCGCUCUCAAAGAGCAGCACAGCCACGAGCUGAGGAGACUGCGAGAAGAACAACGGCAGGAUCUGAACGGCGUCCUCCCUCCUGGAAGCUCCGAGAGCGCCAGCGGGGUCAACCAUCUCCCUGAGGAGGAGGAGCUGCAGCUCAGGUUACAGGAGGAGGUCGCUAAGGCCAUCGUUCAGAUGUCGGUGGAGUUCGCUCAGAAGACGGAGCUGACUCGGAUCAAGAAGCAGGUCGACCGCACUAACACCUCCAUGCAGACUCAGCUGAACGAGGAGGAGAUGGAGGAGGAGCAGACGCCCAGGGCUUCUCCUUCUGACCGCGACUGGCUGGAGGAGGAGCGAGGGAGGCUGGAACGGGAGCUGGAGCAGAGGAGCACGGAGGUCCAGAGGCUGAAGGAGGAGCUGGAGGAGGAGCGAGGGAGGCUGAAGGAGGAGCUGGAGGAGGAGCGAGGGAGGCUGAAGGAGGAGCUGGAGGAGAGGAGCACGGAGGUCCAGAGGCUGAAGGAGGAGCUGGAGGAGGAGCUGCAGAAAGCUGGACCAGCAACCAAACAGCCUCUGGUGAAGAGGAGGGAGGAGGAAGGACAAGAAGAGGGUGAUGGUGGAGCCGAUCUGUCUCUGAGAGACGAUGGAGAGUCUCCUGACGCUGAGAGGUAUCUGCUGCAGACGCUCAACCAGAAGCUCAGCCAGGAGCUGCUGGACGUCCUGAAGACCACGGCUGCAGCAGAGGAGACCCUGCAGCUGCACGUGCAAAGCUGGAGCGGCGUUUCCGGCGACCCGCAGCGACCCGUCUCCCCCGUACAGAGAGGAACCUGGAACCGCACCGACACGGGUCCAUCUGAACGCAGCACCACAGGAAGCGUCCACAGCAGUGACGGUGGAGCGGAGGACGUCUGGUCCGGAGCGCUGGAGGAUGAGGGUCUGGAGGUCUCCCGGCAGAUGACGGACAGCCUCGUCUUUGGAUCGGCGCCGCAGGACCACCAAGACCUGAUGAGCACCAGCAGCCGUCUCCAGACCGCUCUGCAGAAAAUGCUGAUGGUCAUCACGGACACGACCAACCAGCUGGAACACGCUCGGAUUACCCAGACGGAGCUGAUGCGAGAGUCCUUCCGCCACAACCAGGAGAUCAGCGAGCUCCUGGAGAAGCAGGAGGAGCUGCAGGAGAGGCUGUCGGAGGAGGCGCGGGCGCGGGAGCAGCUGGCUCUGGAGCUGCAGCGAGCCGAAGGUCUGAUCGACGGCUACACGGAUGAACGGGCCUCCCUGGAGGAGCAGCUACGGCAGAAGGAGGAGCUCCAGAGGAGCCUUGAGGAGGAGCUGCAGCUGACGAGCUCCCAGCUGCAGGAGUUGGAGCGAGAUCGCCGUCAGCUGCAGGGCGAACGCGACCUUCUGUCACGCCAACAAGACGCCAUGAGAGAGGAGGCGGGGCCACGGGAGCUGUGCCUAGUUGAAGCUGCAAUGGUCGCAGCACCUGAAGAAGACCUGCUGGAGGAGACGGAGAAGCUCAUGAAGGAGAAGGUGGAGGUCCAGCGGCAGGCGGAGAAGGAGAACACGGACCUCCUGAAGCAGGUGAAGCUGCUGGAGGCGGAGCUGGAGGAGCAGGUCAGCCGGGUGGAGGAGCUGAAGCUCGUUCAGACGGCAGAAAGCAGCGACCUCCGGCAGCAGGUCCAAGCGCUGGAGAAGCAGCUGGAGAAGAACAGGAAGUUCCUGGAUGAGCAAGCGGUGGACCGGGAACACGAGCGCGACGUCUUCCAGCAGGAGAUCCAGAAGCUGGAGCAGCAGCUCAGAAGUCCUCAGAAGAUCCAGGCGGGUUCUGAGCAACGGAACCGAGAGAUCUGUAACCUGGAGGAGCAGCUGGAGCAGUUCAAGGAGGAGCUGGAGAACAAGAGCGAGGAGGUGCAGCAGCUGCACAUGCAGCUGGAGAUCCAGAGGAAGGAGAUGAGCAGCCAGCAGCAGUUCCUGCAGAGCAGGGAGAGCAUGCUGCAGGUGAUGCAGCAGAAGGACAGGGACAUAGAGCUUCUCACAGAUCAGAUCUCUAAACUGCAGCAGACGGGGAGCUCCUGUGAGAACCAGGACGUGGACGAGCGGGACGAGCUGCUGAAGGAGCUGGAGUCUCAGGUGGAGUACCUGCGCAGCGAGCAGGAGCGUCUGAAAAGGAGCAACGAAGACGAGCUGGAGCAGCUGAACGAAGUCAUCGAGAAGCUUCAGCAGGAGCUCGCCAACCUGGAUCCCAAAACCGCCGUCGAGGAAGAGGAGGAGCAGAAGAAGGAGCUGGACGCAGACGCGCCGAGUCGGGAGGAAUACGAGGAGAUGAAGCAGAAGAAAGACCAAGCCACCGGAGAGCUGGACGCUCUGAGGACGGAGCACGGCGUGCUGCUGGACACGUACCGGCGCCUGAAGGACGGCGCCGCAGCCCUCGCUGAAACGGAACACCUAGCAGGUGCAGAGGAGGAUCUGGAAGAAGCUCUGCGAGAGAAAACGGCCGGUGUGGUGGUCCUGCAGGCUCAGGUUCAGGCUCUGGAGCAGAGCGCAGCGUCCAGAGUGCAGGAGCUGGAAGAGCUGCUGCGCCGGAAGAACGAGGAGGUGGAGCAGCUGCAGCUGCUGCUGGAGACCACGCAACGCUCCGCCCACGACCUGCAGCAGACCGCCUCCGACCUGGAGGACGCGCUGAGGGAGAAGGUGGCAGAAGCUCUGGUCAGCCAGGCCACUCUGGAGGCCUUCCAGCUGCAGAGUGAAGAACGAUCUGCACAGACAUCUGCACAGGAGCUGCACAGGAGCGCAGACGCCUUCCAGCUGCAGCUGCAUCCAGAGGAGACGUCUGCAGAGGAGCUGCGCAGGAGCGCAGACGCCUUCCAGCUGCAGCUGCAUCCAGAGGAGACGUCUGCAGAGGAGCUGCGCAGGAACACAGAUGCUUUCCAGCUCCAGCAGCUGCAGCGUGAAGAACGAUCUGCAGAGACGUCUGCACAGGAGCGGCAGAGGAGCACCGACGACUUCCAGCUUCCCGGCUUCCCCCCGCUGGACCUCAGCGGAGCUCGCCAAGCACAGCCGGCGUCCUCGGGGAAGGUGGCCCAUCUGACGCAGAAGCUCCGGGACCUGGAGGCGGGACUGAGUGGAAUGCAGAAAGACCAGGAGCUCCAGAAGGAGCUGCUGUCCAGCUCCGAGGAGGAGGUCAACCAGUACGAGAGGAGGCUGGCCGUGCUGAUGGAUCUGCUGAGUCGGAUGAGAACCGGAACGCUCCGGAGAACGUCUGAGGAGAGCUCCUCGGAUGAACCUCCAUCCCUUCUCCUUCAGGAGCUUCAGGAGGUGAAGUCAGAGGCUGCAGCCGCCACAGAGCAGCUGCAGAAGUACCAGCAGACGUGCAGCCGGCUGCAGCAGGACCUGCGAGAGAAAUCUUCAACCAUUCAGAGUCUGCAGAUCCAGAUGCAGCAGCAGAACUCCUCGCUCUCCGGAGACGAGGAGGAGGUUCAGGAGCUGAAGAAGAAGCUGCUGGAGGCUGAGAGUGAAGCUGCAGCCGCCAAAGAAGAGCUGAGCAGCAGCAGGGAGGGAGUGGAGAAGCUGCAGGAGCUGCUGCAGGAGCGAGAGAUGACCAUCGCUCACCUGAAGGCAGAGCUUUUCCAGGUGAAAACAUCCAAAGACGGUGCCGACGUGACGGACGCGGCUUCCACCAAAGACGAGCUGAGCUUCUACCGGACGCAGAGCCAGAAGCUUCAGGAGGAGCUCCGUGCUGGAGAAGCCGCCUCCUCCCAGCUCAGGGAGGAGCUCCAGGAGUUGAGGAGAAAUGUGGAUGUGACCAAAGAAGAACUGAGCAGCUGCAGGCAGAAGAACGAGGCGCUCCUGGAGGAGCUCCACGCCCGGGAACGCUCCAUCUCCAGCCUGAAGGAGCAGCUCCAGGAGGUGCAGACGGCUCUGCUGAAGGCCACAGAGUCUGGCUCUCCAUCCCCCUCUCCUCAGCCUUCCUCCUCCUCCUCCUCCUCCUCUCAGCCCAAAAGGAAAGGAGGCAAACAUCUGUCUGGGAAGGCCAGCAGCAGCAGAGAGAAGACCUCCGCGUCCAGGAAGAACUCUGCAGGAUCCGGGGCUCCGCCCACCAAAUCCACCAGCCCUCAGGCCGGCGCCGGCUCGGAGCAGACCGCCGCCCCGAUCAGCUCCUUCACCCAGACCGAAGCUCCUCUAACCCCAGAGUUCAGGGCAGACUCCGCCUCCGCUGCCAAGGAGGAGGUGGAGGAGGUGAUCGCACAGUUCCAGGAGAAGAUCGAGCAGAUGCAGGAGCUGCACGCCGCGGAGAUCCUGGACAUGGAGGCGCGGCACAUCGCCGAGAGCGAGAGUCUGCGGCGGGACCUGCAGGCGCUGGAGGACGAGAGCAAGGCGCUGAAGGCUGUGAUUGACAGGCUGCGCUCUGAGGCUCCAGCGUCACGACAGGACCGCUCCACCGCACUGUUGAAGGACGGAUACGCCAGCGCAGACAGCAGCUCCGACUACAGCCAGAGGACCGGCUAUGAGCUCCUGCAGCAGGAGUUCAGGACCACCCCCGAGGGGGCCCAGAGGGAGGCUGAGGACCCUCUUCCGGACAGGAUUAAGUCGUUGAUCCGUGAGGUCCACCAGGAGGGCAUGCAGGUCCUGUCCCUGUCCGAGCUGCCGCUGUCUGAGGGGGAGCCGGGACGCCACGCCGCCGCUCCGGGCUGGCUGAAGGAGAGGGACGGCCUCCUGGCCACGCUGGAGUCUCUGAAAGCUCUCAUCGCUCAGAUGCAGACGCAGACGGCGGGCGGCGCAGACUGGCGGGCGGAUCUGCUGGACGCGGUGAGGCAGGUGUUUGUGAGGGAGAGGAGCGUGCUGAAGAACGCCGGCUUCAACCAGCUGGGUUUGCUGGACACCAACGAUGCCGUCGUUCACCUCAACCAGCUGGAGCUCCGACUGGCUGAACAGGACGCGCAGCACAGAGACGCCAUGGCGUCCCUCCUGACGGCAGAGCGAGCCAGUCUGCUGUCAGAGAUCCAGCAGCUGCAGAGCCGCCUCCAUCAGGAGGAGGGAGGAGGCGACGGAGGCGAAGGAGGCGAGCGGCCGCGGGCCGAGGAGCUGAAGGCGGAGCUGUGUCAGACAAAACUGGAGCUGGAGGCGGAGCUUAAGGUCCAGCAGAAACACCUGAAGGAGCUGGAGGGACUCAGGGCGGCGCUGUCACUAAAAGAUGGCGAGGUGGAGGAGCUGAACGAGCAGCUGAUGGAGGAGAGGAAGAGGAGCAGAGACCUGCAGUGGGCUGUGGAGAAGGAGAAAUGUCGGACCGAGAGAGACGAGGAGAACAAACGAGAGGAGGUGGAGGACCUGCAGCUCUCCCUGGAGGAGCUGAGGAGUCGUGUGCUCCAGCUGACCCGCAGCCUGGAGGAGCAGCAGCAGACCUCCUCGGCUCUGCAGCAGCAGGCCGAGCAGGAGCAUCUGCGGCUGCGCAGGCAGCUGCAGGAGGUGCAGGUGCAGCUGGACACAGAGAGAGCCAAAGCUGAGGAGCUGACCUCCGCUCUGGAGAGGGAACGGGAGCGGCGCGCUCUGACCUCCUCCAACAGCGGCCCCCCCGACGAGGAGCGAGCCCAGGAGCCUCCUAACCAGCAGGAGAGUCUGCAGAGAGAGCUGGACGAGAAGCACGCCCAGGUGGUACAUCUGCUCUCCCAGGUGGAGGCCCACAGGCUCAAGGUGCUGCAGAAAGAGGAGGAGCUUACACUGGCCAAUCAGAAGUCACAGCACAGUCAGGAGGCCCAGCGAGAAGCUGCAGUCCAGCUGCAGAGGCUGGAGGCGGAACUGACUGAAGUCCAGGAGCAUCUGAGGACAGAACGAGACCGCAGGAGGACUCUGGAGGAGCAGAAGGAGAAGCUGGAGGAGAGACUACACCUCUUUGAGGGCGGAGCUCAGCACAGAGAGUCCACUGACCGAACCCAGGACUGGGUCCUCCGACAGAGGACUGAGAACGCUCCAUCAGGAACAGAGACGUCUCCUCAGGCAGAGGCCUCUCCAUCGGACCACCCAGGCGGACCGAGCGGACCGGGUCACGUGAGCGGACCGGGUCAGGCGGGCGGACUGCACCACGGUCCUUGGCGAACCGUCGACAAAAUAGUUGGAAAACUCCAGCUGGUUUCUUCAAAGAUCCACAACCUGUCUGUCAGAAACACCGGCAGGUCGUCUGCAGAGGUCGACAUUGACGAGUUGUCCUGGAUGCAGUCGAGCGUGGACGACGUCCUGGCCGUGCUUCAGCAGUCCCCCGGCCUGCCGCCCUUUCCAGAGAACCUGUCCCUGCUGGCGGGAGGAACCUCCAGCUCCUCCAACGCCCUGACGGAGCGCCUGCUGAGGCAGAACGCCGAGCUGACCGGCUUCGUCAGCCGUCUGACGGAGGAGAAGAACGACCUGAGGAACCACUCGCUGAGACUGGAGGAGGAGCUCCGGCGCUACCGGCAGGCGGGGUUUGGCUCGGGCUACAGCUCCAGCAGGAGAGGGGCGGAGCCGAUGGGGUCGAUGCUUUCUCAGGAACGGGAAGCGUGGAGUCAGGAGAAGAUCCGUCUGGAGAAAGCCUUGCUGCUCGCUCAGUCGCAGAUUUCCCGACUCCGUGGAGAAAUCCGGUCAAACGCCGUCCGGGAGAUCACCGGACCAGAAGCUGACAACGCGGCGCUGAAGAGGAUGUACGGCCGCUACCUGAGGGCGGAGAGUUUCCGCAAAGCUCUGAUCUACCAGAAGAAGUACCUGCUGUUACUGCUGGGGGGGUUCCAGGAGUGUGAGGAGGCCACACUUUUCCUCCUGACCAGAAUGGGGGGCCGGCCCUCGCUGUCCACGCUGGACCCCCUCACCCAGCGGCGCCGAGGACUGACCCGCUUCCGCUCCGCCGUCCGAGUGGCCAUCGCUCUGUCCAGGAUGCGUUUCCUGGUGAAGCGAUGGCACCGCGCCGCCGGCAUGAGCUCUGCCCCCUCCAGCAAGAACGGAGCAGGUGUAGAAGUGAGGGACUCCUCCUUCCUCCACGUGGGAGGAGCCGACGCUCCCCAGAGAGGAGGUGGGGAGGGGCUGUCCAGCAGCAGGGGGAGAAGCGGGUCUCCUCGGUCGGGGGGGUCCUCCUCCCAUCACAGGUUCCACGCCGCCGCCGACCACGCGGCGCUCACCUGCUCCCACCUGCAGAGCUACGACCCCGACCGCGCGCUCAGCGACUACAUCUCCCGGCUGGAGGCCCUGCAGCGGCGGCUGGGCAGCGUGGCCUCAGGCUCGUCCUCGUAUGCGCAGACGCACCACGGCCUGAGGAGGUAGACGCCGGCGGCGGGACGACUCGUGUUGCCUUCUCUCCUUCUGAGCCGUCCUCCCGGCGUGGGAGCUUCUGAUUGGACCAAAACUUCUUCUGGGUGAACAAACGCCGUUUUGUCGCCAGCACUUGAACUCGUGUUGUCAUGUUUGUGUGGACGGCUCCAUGGUGGACGGACGCUUGUUAGAGGCUAAUUUAAGCAGAUUAAUUUAUACGUGUGGAGAGCUGCUGAGACUGACACUACACUGUGUUUCUGUUGGGGCUGCAGGAGCGACACCUUUGUAGAGAACGUAUUUUUGUAAAGCCCAGGAGCUUUGAAUUUUUGGGGUAUUUUGUCAAAAACUGAAAUAAAGAUGAUGAUUAUUUCAAUGA